AUGCCGACGACACGCAGGCCCUCCUCGCCAGGACGCCGAGUGCUGCUCGUUCCCGUGCUUCGUCCGCCGGCGCGGACCGCGGGACCGCGCGUGGCGCUGGCUGCCGGCUUCGGCGUGGCGCCUGGGCGGGCGCCCGAGGAUUCAGCAGAGUACCCCUUGUCACUGACCACUCCCGCGUGGCGACGUUUCCGUGCAGGAUUCUGUGAGUUAAUAGCGGUGCUCGUGCGCCGUGCCCAACAUAAUGUUGUUUAUGAUGAAUAUUUGAUGGACAGCCUCAUUGCCUUGCUGACUGGCAUGUCUGAUUCUCAAGUGCGUGCCUUCCGCCAUACCAGUACCCUGGCAGCUAUGAAGCUGAUGACAGCCUUGGUGAAUGUGGCAUUGAGCGUAAGCUUGCAAAAAGACAAGGUUCAGCGACAAUACGAGACUGAGCGGGCUAAGGGACUAGGCUCCUGGGCCCCAGGGAAGCUGGAAGGGCUGUUGGAGCAACAUAAGGAGUUCCAGGAGAAGCAAGAAGAGCUAGAGACCUUGAUGAAUGCUCUUUUCAAGGGAGUCUUUGUUCAUCGCUAUAGGGACCUCAUACCUGAAAUCCGUGCUAUUUGCAUUGAAGAGAUGGGCCAGUGGAUACAACAUUACACCAUCUCCUUCCUAACUGAUGGUUAUCUCAAGUACAUUGGCUGGACUCUGCAUGACAAGCAGGGGGAGGUCCGACUCAAGUGCCUACUUGCUCUGCAAGGGUUAUAUUGCAGCCGGGAGACUGCCUCGCAGAUGGAGCUUUUCACCAGUCGCUUCAAGGAACGGAUUGUGUCCAUGGUGCUGGAUAAAGAGCCCCAAGUGGCAGUGGAAGCUGUUAGACUGCUUAUUCUCAUUCUUCAGAAUAUGGACAGUGCACUCACAGAUGCUGACUGUGAAAAGGUCUUCCCACUUGUAUAUGCUUCCAAUCGUCCUGUAGCUGCUGCUGCAGGUGAAUUUUUAUACAAAAAGUUGUUAGCACCCAAAGUGAAUGCCAGGGGAGAAUCAGGGGAGCACCAUGAGGGCACUCGUGUCUUCGUUCAAUUGCUUUUGGUGUUCUUCAUUGAAAGUGAGUUCCAUGACCAUGCAGCCUAUUUGGUAGAUAGCCUUUGGGACUGUGCGUCUGCCCUGCUGAAGGAUUGGCAGGUAAUGACAGGCCUUCUGCUGGAGGAAUCUUCUGUAGAAGGUUUGGGUGAUCUAAAGGAGAGCAGCCUCAUUUUGAUCUUGGUGGCCAGCAUGCGGCAAGCCACAGAAGGGCAUCCACCUGUUGGCAGGUUCUCUGGGAAGAAGGUAUCUUCUGCUCGGGAACACAAAGUGCAGGCCGAAGACCGUGUAAGACUCACGCAACAUUUCAUCCCCCUGCUGCCCCAGCUGCUAGCGAAGUUCUCAGCUGAUGCCGAGAAAGUGGGACCUCUGCUGGAGGCUUUGUGUUAUUUUGAUCUAACUCAUUACAGCACAGGCCGCCGGGAAAAGUACUUAGAAUUGCUGCUGGCCCAGCUAAAGGAAGUUGUGGAAAAGCACACCAACAGUGAAGUGCUGGAGUUGGCUUCCCAGACUCUCCAUCUGCUCUGCCGUACAGAAUUUGCUUUCUAUCGCCAUGCAGAUUUUGCUCGUAGCUGUAUUGUGGACUAUCUGGCGGAUAAAUUCCAACACGAGGCUACUGAACUACUCCAGGUAGAAGAACUGUAUCAUGGCAGGUGUCUAGGCCUGAAUGAGUCUUGA